AACAACACAUGAUCACCACUCCUCAACCUAACCGCGUAUCAUCUCCAUCUCUCUCAUUUCAUUUCAUUGCCAUGAUCAUUAUCAUCAUCCAUUCAUGAUGACGAUGAUCAGCAAUCUAACCUCUCUCAUCUCCUCCGCUUCUGAAGCUAACGCCGUCGUUGCCGGAAGCUUAGUCUCCCGGCAACUCUUUUUCCUCCGCGACAUCCAAAUCUUGGAGCUCUUCGUGGCUCUAUGUGUUUUCGUGACCAUACACUCCCUGAGGCAAAAGAAACACCAUGGUCUGCCCGUUUGGCCUCUGCUCGGAAUGUUACCCUCAAUGACUCUUGUCGUAGGAUUCCAAACCAACAACAUCUACGAGUGGCUCACACAAGUUCUCUGCCGCCAAAACGGUACCUUCUCAUUCAGAGGCCCUUGGGUUAGCAGCCUCCACUGCAUCGUCACUUCCGACCCUCGUAACUUGGAGCACCUUCUCAAGACCAAGUUCUCCAAUUUCCCCAAAGGCCCUUAUUUCCGUGACACCGUCAGUGAUCUCCUCGGAGACGGUAUAUUCAGCGCCGACGACGAGACAUGGCAGCGACAGAGGAAGACUGCCAGCCUCGAGUUCCACUCCGCCAAGUUCCGACAGUUGACUGUAGAUUCCUUGCUGGAGCUGGUCCACGGGCGGCUUCUACCGGUUUUAGAGGACUCCAUCAAACACUCACUUGCCCCAAUCGACCUGCAAGAUGUUCUUUUGAGAUUGACGUUUGAUAAUGUGUGCAUGAUAGCAUUUGGGGUCGACCCCGGUUGCUUGAGACUGGGUUUACCCCAAAUACCGUUUGCGCAGGCGUUUGAGGACGCCACUGAAGCAACGGUGAUGCGCUUCGUGACACCGGCGUGGCUGUGGAAGGCCAUGAGGUACUUCAACUUGGGGGCAGAGAAGAAACUUAAGAUGUCCAUAAAAGAAGUGAAUAAGUUCGCAGACGAUGUGAUUCGGACAAGGAAGAAAGAACUCAUGGAUACUACUAGUCCAGUUGGUAAUAAGCAGAGAUCGGACCUGUUGACGGUGUUUAUGAGGUUGAGAGACGAGAAGGGCGAAGGGUUCACGGACAAGUUCUUGAGGGAUAUAUGCGUCAACUUCAUACUUGCAGGGAGAGACACUUCAUCAGUGGCACUGAGCUGGUUCUUCUGGCUCCUUCAUAUUCAUCCCGAGGUCGAGCACAAAAUUCUUCAAGAACUACGCACCAUAGUGGACGCAAGAUCAACGAAUGAUAUUGAAACCGAACUCGUUUUCUCGGCGGAAGAGAUGAAGAAGAUGGAUUAUCUUCAUGCUGCACUUUCAGAAGCUCUGCGGUUGUAUCCUUCAGUUCCACUGGAUCACAAGGAGGUUGUCGAAGAUGACGUAUUUCCAGAUGGAACAGUACUGAAGAAGGGAACUAAAGUGAUCUAUGCAAUGUACAGCAUGGGGCGAAUGGAGUCAAUAUGGGGAAAGGACUGCAGGGAUUUCAAGCCGGAGAGAUGGUUGAACCCAAAAGAUGGCCGGUUCUUGGGUGAGUCUGCCUACAAAUUCACUGCCUUCAACGGCGGUCCUCGCCUCUGCUUGGGCAAAGAUUUUGCUUAUUAUCAAAUGAAAUUUGUUGCUGCCUCCAUCAUCUCUCGCUACCAUGUGAAGGUGGUCGAGAAUCACCCCAUUGUACCAAAGCUAGCAUUGACAAUGUACAUGAAGCACGGACUCAAAGUCACUCUCCUUAGGCGUACAUGACCUGAUUAAUGCAGCCUCAUCACCAAAGCACCAAAGCAGAAUAGUUCUGAAUUAAGGUUCUCGUUAAGGAUUAUCUGGUACCGUUUAUUGUUUAAGUUAUGCAAGCCUCUCUCGUUUGUGUUGUGGGCAUUUAUAGAUAAAUGGUAUUACCAUAAAAUAGGUUCUUGGGGAUUUGUGAACUUCAAUUAUUUGAAUAAUGAGAUUGUGUAGUAUACCUAAUG